AGCGGAAGGGCACGUCACCGUCCGGCGGAGGCGGAGGCUGAGGCGGCGCCGCCGGGGCAGGAGCUCUCAAUUAAAAAAUGUCGUGGAUCAGAGAGGGCGAGCUGACCAUCAUAGAGAGGUUCUGUGCCAACAUCAUCAAGGCAGGCCCAAUGCCCAAGCACGUCGCCUUCAUCAUGGACGGCAAUCGCCGCUACGCCCAGAAGUGCCACGUGGAGAGGCAGCAGGGACACUCCCAAGGCUUUGACAAGCUGGCACAGACACUGAGGUGGUGCCUGAACCUGGGCAUCCGGGAGGUGACAGUUUAUGCCUUCAGCAUUGAGAACUUCAAACGCUCCAAGGAGGAGGUGGAUGGGCUCAUGGACCUGGCCAGACAGAAGUUCAGCCGCCUCCUGGAGGAGCAGGAGAACCUGAAGAAGCACGGGGUGUGCAUCCGUGUCCUGGGGGACCUGCCCCUCCUGCCCGUGGAUAUCCAGGAGCUGAUUGCCCAGGCUGUGCUGGCAACCAGGAACUACAACAAGUGCUUUCUGAACGUCUGCUUUGCUUACACAUCGAGACAUGAGAUCAGCAAUGCUGUCAGGGAGAUGGCCUGGGGCGUGGAGCAAGGCCUGCUGGAGCCCAGUGACGUGUCUGAGUCGCUGCUGGAUAAAUGUCUGUACACCAACAACUCCCCCGACCCUGACCUGCUGAUCAGGACCUCUGGGGAGGUUCGCCUCAGUGACUUCUUGCUCUGGCAGACAUCCCAUUCAUGCCUGGUGUUUCAAUCAGUCUUGUGGCCAGAAUAUUCCUUUUGGAACUUGUGUGAAGCCAUCCUUCAGUUCCAGAUGAACUACAGUGCUUUACAGAAGGCCAGAGACUCCUACCUGGAGGAGAGGAGGCGGCAGCAGUUGGAGAGGGACCAGGCGUACGUGAGCAGGAAGCUGCAGCAGGAGGGCUGCCCGUCCCACGGAGACUCGCGGCGCCGGCGCUCGCUGCUGCAGAAGUGCACAGCCCUGAGGGAGGAGAGGAUCCAGGGCUUCCUGCAGGCCCUGGAGCACAAGAGAGCCGACUUCUUGGAGAGACUGUGUCCGGUGUCUGCGUGACACAGGUGCUGGCCCUGGGGAGCACAGCCCGCAGGGCGAGCCGUGGGCUGCGCCAGGAGCGCCCGUCCCUGGCGCUGGCCCUGCCCGGGCAGGGAGGGCUGUGUGAACUCUCCUGGCCUGUCGUGCUGCUGAGGAAGGUGCUGCCGUCCUGUGUCGCCUCCCUGCCCUGGUGACAGACCCCUGCACCCUGCUGGGUCUCUGCUGCCGGGCCCUUGGCAGCCCAGGUGCUCCGGUGACAAGAAGUUAACUGCAAUGAGCCUGCCCCAGCUCUCUGAUUGCUCCUGAGCUGGCCCAGCCAGACCAGUUCAGUGCUGUUAAAUCAGUCUGGGCUCGGGGUCUUUCCCUGGCUCUGCAGUAGGGAAUCUCCUGUUGAGAUGUGCUCUGCUGUCCCAUCAAGGGAGAGGAUUGUUCUGGUGUCAGGGGCAUUCCCUACUGCCUGCUCCCUGAGAGCAUCUUGUCUUUUCCCCCUGACUGCUGGGUAGGAUGUGUCCAUUCCUGGUCUCCAGAGAGCUAAAGGAAGGGUUCCUGCCUUGCUCUAAGGAGAAAAGGCUGCUCCAAAACUUCAGCAGGUUCUGAGAGAUAAAGGAAGGGUUCCAGCCUUGCUCUAAGGAAUAAAAGCUGCCCCAAAGCAUCUGCAGGUUCUGAGAUCUCUCCUGAGCAGUGUGUUGGGGAAAAGCCAGCUGCAGAAGGUGCUGGACCACACUGACCUUGGGAAAGGCUCUGAGCAGGCAGGAAAAAAGGAUUGGCUGGGAAUGAACCUUCUCAGGAAGGGAAUUGGCAAAACAGGUGAUGGCUACCCCAUGCCAGACCCUCUGAGGGAGCUGCAGGGAAUGAGGGAGGGCCUAAUUCAGGAAUACAGUAGCCAAAACCAACCCCUGACCCCAGAUGGUUCAGAGGGGCAGUUUGGCUGAUCCUAAAGGGAGUGGCCAGAGCAGCUGUGGAGCAUUGCUUGUUCUCAGUUUUCCAUUGGCAGGGAGAUGGACAAGCUGAUUUCCAGGGUUGUUUCCAUCUCUCGUUCCUCCUGGUUUCCGUCCCCACGAUCAAAGUAACUGAAAAUGUCUUGAUUUUUGCUCCUGCUGCACACACACGUGUGGCAGUACCAGCUGUUGCUGGGUUUUGAAGUGUUUCUUCUUACCUCCAGGUGAAAACCACAAAAUGCAGAUUUAACAGCCUUGUAAGUGCUGCACACUGAGCACUUGGCCUGUGAUUGUGAAGAACUGUGUAGUCUAACUGGGAAUAAAGUAUAUUCAUACCAAAGUUACUUAAAAAAUAA